CGGAAUCUGAGAGGAUGCCUAAAGCUAAGCAACCUAGAACUCGCCACUUGACCUUCAAUGCUAGUCAUGAACUGAACGAGGAAGAUCUGUCAUUCCUUAGGGUCGUAUCGAUGGGUAAUCUCCCAAAGGUACGGGAAAUUAUGGAGUCUAGCGAUGAUCCCAAAAAAAUGAUGGACAUGACAGACUUCAAAGACUGCACAGCGCUCGAGAUUGCGACCGAGGUGGAGCACUCUGAGAUCGUAGAAUACCUGGUGCAAAAUUUCGGUACACUCAUGGACGAAAUGCACAUCCACGAAUGUCUCAUGUUGGCCAUCAGCAAAGGUUACCUUCGUAUCACUCAAGUUAUCCUUGAUCAUCCUCUUUCCGAUGUUAAACAUAAAGGUACCUGUUCACACCAGGAUAAAUUCUACUUCUACUCGACGAAAAGCAAUUCAAAGUUUGAUCGUGAUUUGACGCCCCUGAUGCUUGCUGCACAAUGCAACGAAGUGGAAAUCAUACGACUUUUACUCGCUCGAGGCGAGUACAUUACCGAACCCCACGCUAUCCUAUGUAGCUGUAGAGACUGUCAAGAUGCCAAAGCAAAUGACCCAUUGCUACGGUCGUUAGCCGGUCUGCACACCUACCAAGCCCUAGCCGGUGAGGCAUAUAUCUGCCUGACGAGCCCCGAUCCAAUACUCACUGCUUUCCUUCUCAGUGAAAAACUCACCAAAUUGGCCUCUAUCGAGAAGGAAUUCAAGAACGAAUACCGUGAGCUUGUGAAGCGAUGUAAACAGUUUGCUUCCGACCUGCUCGACAUGUGCCAGACAACUGCAGAGGUUCAGACUAUACUCAAACAAGAAGCCACAACACAAGGAGAGGUCUAUGCGGCAGAAGGCGCCAAUACCCUCCGGAAGAACAGGGGAGCAAAACCAGAAAUCCCCGGCGACGACUCGGAUUUCUCACUCCCGAGGCUGGAACUGGCUAUCAAAUUUCGCCAAAAGCAAUUCGUAGCCCAUCCCCACUGUCAGCAUCACUUGUCGACAUUAUGGUAUAAAGGUUUUCCCAUUCGGACCCGCCGGUGGCAUCCCCUGGUCAAAUGCUUGGCAACAGUUGCUAUGAUCGCUGCUCUACCAUUCCUUACCCUGGCUUACUGGUUCUUUCCUAAGAGUAAGGUGGGAAAUUUCAUGCGAAGUCCGAGGACCAAGUUCAUGCUACACGCCGCCAUGUAUGUGACAUUCUUGCUCAUCCUUUUCCUUGAGUCAGUGGCCUCUAAAGGAUUCCAAAACGAUUCCAAUCAGGAAGACUUCAUCCAAGAAAAUCAAAAUUGUACUUACUUUGCACAAGCCGUCAAGAUGCAAACUUUCCACAAAGUUGAUGAUGUAAGACUUCGACCAAACUGCUUUUCACCGCUUCAGAUUCUGAUCAUCGUUUUUGUGAUGGGUAUGCUCUGGACAGAGAUCAAGCAGAUCUUCCGAGAAGGUUAUAAGAUUUAUCUCCAAUCAUUGUGGAACUGGAUCGACAUCGCAAUGCUAAACAUUCUCAUAUCUUCCAUCUUCAUUCGAGCUGUUGUCGUUCACAUGGUCAACGUGUCGAUGGAUUUCUUCGAGGAAAAUGCUUAUGGAUGUGAAGUGGGCGGAAAUAACACUAUCAAAGAAAAUCAUCUUCGUUGGCUCCUAGCAGACCGUAACGACUGGAGCCAGUACGACCCGACUUUGAUUGCGGAAGCCUUAUACGCAGUAGCAAACGUGUUGAGUUUCUCACGUCUCCUCUAUAUUCUCCCAGUGAAUGAAUUCCUGGGCCCCCUCAAUAUCUCCCUUCAGAAAAUGGUGGGUCAGAUACUGCGUUUCUUCUCCGUCUUCAUCGUGGUCUUCUUGGCUUUCUUCUGCGCUCUCACCAACCUCUACCGAAACUACCCAGAUCAAUCUAAGUUUAAAGGGUACGUUAACGCCAUCCAAACCUUGAUCUGGGCACUCUUCGGUCUCGGGGACUCUGGUGACGUCUCCUAUCCUAACGAUGCAACGUGUGAUACAGAAACAUGUGGUCAGAAGACGACAGAGUUUGUAGGUGUCUGUCUAUACAUGGCCUACCACCUAGUCAUGGCUUUGGUCAUGCUCAAUAUGCUGAUCGCCAUGAUGACAACAUCCUUCCAGGAGAUUCACGAUGAUGAAGACGUUGAAUGGAAAUUCGCCCGCUCACAGCUCUGGAUGACGUAUUUUGAACGUGGCGCCACCCUCCCACUUCCCAUGAACAUCAUCCCCAGCCCAAAGUCUGUCUACAACUUCUUCAAAUGGCUUAAGAAAACCCUCUGUCCAAAUUGCAGGAGAAAUACCAGCAUCACGUUACAACAACUUCCCGUUGGUUUACAGAAUUUAGCAAGGCGACCUGGAGUUCGCAAACAAGUUAGCACUCAUGAAUGCUUGAUGAAGACAGUUAUCAAGAGAUACCUCUUCAAACUCCAGAAUGAUAAAGAAGGAGAAGAAGGAGCAGAAGGUGAGCUUGAAGAGAUCAAGAACGACAUCUCCAGCUUUCGCUUCGAGGUGAUGGAGAAGCUAAAAUACCUAGAUCCGACUGCUAGUAGUGGUGGAGGUGGAGAGAGUCCUGUCCCUGCAAGUUCAGGCCCAGUCUUCCAGGGAACUAACCGACCAGAACCAGCGGUGAGCAACAAGCAAGAAGUCAUGCUUCGGAAAAUGUACGUGCUCGAAAGCCGUGUGGAGGCAAUGAUGGAGAGCUUGGAGAGAAUCUUUGUGCAAACCAACGAGGUUCUGAGGUCGAGCUCAAUGGGAAAUGAGAUAAUUCACCAGUCGCUUGAUAAAGAAUCAGAAGAGAAAGUGAAUGGUGAUAUUUGUAAGACACAAUGAUUGACGGCAAAGGCACAGUAAAGAAACAGACAUUUUUUUUAAAGACUGUGGGCAAAAGACUGCAGGCGUCACGCGCGUAAAACAUUCCCCAUAGACUGGUGUGUUAAAAUGGCACUUUUGAAAAAUUCAUACAAAAUAAACGUGAAAUUAGAGGGUAGAAUGUUUACUACCAUAUGAUAGAUAUAUAUCUGGCAUUCCAUAACUGACCAGAGAAGGGUAUCGUAGCCAGCUCAUUUACAUAAGAAAUUGCCAUUUAUGAAGAUAAUUAUGAUGGGAUCAAAUUUAUCAACUGAAACAGUAAAAUAGUAAUUCUUCCGCCAGUCAAAAAAUAGUUCCAAAGUCAUUUUAUAUCUUCCCAAUUUGGGCAAAGGAACUUCAGUAGUUACCAUUUCUAGAAUCAUUGUUAGAUUUUCAAUUAUAUUCAUAUACACUUUGGUCAAUCAGCAAUAUCAAAUUGAAAAAGAAAAUCGAUUGGGUCGAAGGAAUAUCUUUAGCCUUCCUGUUGUAAUUAGUCUCAUGGAACCUGCAGUUAAUUUGUAUAUAAUGGAUGUGUACAGUAUCUGAUUUCAAUAACUUGUUAUGGAUACCUCCCUGUAGAGUAAAUUCUGUUUUUUCCCCUUAAAUGGGUGAUUCAUUGGUAGAUUUUCUAUCUCAUGAAAGUUGUUAUUUUUCUUUCUUUACAAUCUUCUGCAGUACUUCAAUAUAACAUAUAUAACUGCGGCUGCCAAGACUACGUCUUCUAUUUUCCCUUCUCUUUGAAUCUCUUCAUCCUCCUCCUUAUUGUUCCUUUUCUUCUAAUUCUUAUUCUCCUCUUUCUUCCUAUCCUUCUUGUUCUUCUUUUUCUCCUUCAUUGUUGUCUUCUUCCUCAUCUACAUUUCCUUAUUUUUUUCUGCUCCCUUUUGUCUCCCUCUACUUAUUUGGCUCUUUUGUAACUAUCUAUUUUCCACUUUUACACCUCCUCCUUUUUUCUUCUCAUUUUUCUUUUCUUCUCCAUGUUUUUCUCCUCACUCUCUCCCUUCUUCACCAUAGUCAAUCACAUCAUCAUUUCCUUCUCCCCUGUUAUUCUUUUAGAAAUUCACAUUUCUGUUUCAAUUAAUGUAAUAUUUACCUUUCUUGUUCUAGUUUCCAGUUGUUUUGCUCUUAGGAUACAUGAUUUGUAUAAUUCUGGCAUGUAUACUGUAUACAAAAUCUACACUGACUUACAUGUACAAAUUAUGAAAAAUCUUGCUGGUAGCUUCAACUUUAUUUAUUAAUAUACAUGUGUUUGUAUAUAUCCAAUGUAUAGUGUAAUAAAUGGGCAUUUUGCCGCUUUGGUCAGAAUAUGUUACAAGAAUAACAUUCUUUCUUUCAGGUUGAGUAAAUGACCAAAACGAGUACUAUUGAAUGCUGCUGUAUAGUGUAUGUACAUGUACACGUAUAUUAUUAUUUUUUUUUUUGGAUUGAAUAUAUCAUGUUUGCCAUAUCACUUUUGAUUCCAUAUUCAAUAGAUUAUAGUUCGGAGUAACCUCAUAGGCAAGUUUUUUUUGGUUCAAAUUACCUUUUCUUUCUUCUAUUAUGAUAGGCAAACUUCGAAGCAAGAUAUAAAUUAAACAUGCUUGACCUAUAGCAGGGUGCAUAUUAUAUUGCAAUG